CCCGAGGUCUGGUCCCGUCGCCUGCGCGGAACCAGCUCCCCGAGCUGCCCGGGCGGGGGGCGAGCGGGCUUAGACGAGCCAGAGGAGGCGCAGGCCCGACCCGGGCGCUGCAGGUCUGCAUGUCUGUUCCCAGCACUCUGCAAGGCUAGGAGGAGGAACCUGUCCAGAAUCCCUGCAGGACAGGAAAACAUCUCAACAUGGAAAAACUCUGCAAUGAAAAUGAAAGAAAGCUGGAAAGCGAAGGAAAGCCAGAAAAUGAAGUAGAGCCUGAAAAUCAAGGAAAGUCAGAUGAGGAAGAAAAGCAAGAAGUGGAGGGGAAGUCAGAACACGAGGGAGAGCUCCAGAAUGAGGGACGGCCAGAAGAUGAGGGGAAGGGAGAAAAGCAGGGCAAGUCUGAAGCUGAGGGAAAACCACACGGUGAGGGCAAGCUGGAAUCCCAGGCAAAGCCAGAGAGUCAGCCGCGGGCUGCCGAAAAGCGCCCCGCUGAAGACUAUGUGCCCCGGAAAGCAAAAAGAAAAACGGACAGGGGGACGGACGAUUCCCCCAAGGACUAUCAGGACAACUUACAGAAAAGGCAUCUGGGCAGUGAGGAGAUGAUGAGAGAAUGUGCAGAUAUGUCAAGGGCUCAGGAAGAGCUAAGGAAAAGACAGAAAAUAGGUGACUUUCACUGGAUGCAAACAGAUGUACAGGAUCCAUUCACCCAAGGGGCCAACGGGGUGUCAGGGGAAUGA